AGCACGGGUUUAUCCAGCUUGUUCAGCUGUAACCAGCGUAUUCGUACGGCGGAAUUCAGCGCAGUGAGAUUUUAUCAGAAAUGGCUCUUCGUGUUACAAGGAGUACUCGUCUGCCCAGCAGUGAGAACCAAAAUGCAGUGCCAGGGAAGGCAGUGCUCGCAAGCAAGCCUGUACUGAGGCCGAGGGCUGCGCUUGGGGAAAUUGGUAAUGCAGUAUUGCCACGCCAGCCGCUCAGAAAAAAGCAGGAGGUAAAGGCUGCACCAGAGGAGAAGGAAGAGAAAGCUUCAGGACCUGUUCUGAAGCCUAAGCAGGAAAUGCCCAAAGUGGAGACUGAAGCUGUACUCUUAUCAGAGCCUUCCUCUCCUGUGCCCAUGGAGACGUCUGGCUGUGCCCCAGAUGAGCUGUGCCAAGCUUUCUCUGACGUGCUACUUAACAUCAAAGAUGUGGAUGCUGACGAUUACGACAAUCCCAUGCUCUGCAGUGAAUAUGUAAAGGACAUCUACAAGUACCUCCGGCAACUUGAGGCUGAUCAGGCUGUCAGGCCAAAGUAUCUGGAAGGAAGGGAAGUCACUGGGAACAUGCGUGCCAUUCUUAUCGAUUGGCUUGUCCAGGUGCAAAUCAAAUUUCGUCUGCUGCAGGAGACCAUGUACAUGACUGUUGCGAUCAUUGAUCGUUUUCUUCAGGAUAACCCAGUUCCCAAGAAGCAGCUCCAGUUGGUGGGUGUAACAUCCAUGUUUAUUGCCUCCAAAUAUGAGGAAAUGUACCCACCAGAGAUCGCAGACUUUGCCUUCGUCACGGAUCGUGCCUACACCACCGCUCAGAUCCGUGACAUGGAGAUGAAGAUCCUCAGGGUCUUGAAUUUCAGCUUCGGCAGGCCGCUGCCUCUUCAGUUUCUUCGCAGGGCGUCAAAAAUUGGAGAGGUUACAGCAGAGCAGCACACUUUGGCCAAGUACUUUGUGGAACUCACAAUGGUGGACUACGACAUGAUGCACUUCCAUCCCUCUCAGGUUGCCAGUGCUGCCUUUGCCCUCAUGCAAAAAGUCUUCAAUUGUGGUGACUGGACCCCCACUCUGCAGUUUUACAUGGGCUACACAGAGGACAGCCUGAUUCCAGUAAUGCAACAUAUUGCCAAAAAUGUAGUCAAAGUGAAUGAAGGACUUUCAAAACACCUGGCGGUUAAGAACAAGUACUCCAGUCAGAAGCAGAUGAGGAUCGCUUCGAUCUCCCAGCUUAAAUCAUCGUUGAUCAAGGAUCUUGCUAAGCGAGCCUCCUAGGGAGAUUUGAAAAGGACUUGGCACUGUGUGCUGAUUGUAAAUUGUAACUUAAUGCAUGCUUUUAUUUGCUGUUUUACCAUUUUAUGUAGUUCGUUCCGACUUGGAUUAUGCGUUCCUGCCAAGAUGUACUUCGUUUUACACUGCCAUUGUCUAACUGUCCAGGUUUAAUAACGGCUAUCUUGUAUGUUUUAAAUUUCCAAUAAACCUUUUAAAUCAUUUCUAA